CGGACACUAGUAUGUACGCGCCUUAAGAGUUAGCGGUAACGUACUCGUAGGGCGUCAGCCGCAUGCGUCCGCCGUUUCCGUUUCAUAGGAAAGGUACUUUUAUUUAAACAAACAGCUGAUAUGAUAUUGAUAUCAAAUAAACAACAGCAAAUUUCAGGUAGAAAGACGAGAUUAUUUAUAGUGUCUCUAAUUUUAGAAUAGUUAGAAACUAUUAUUAGAAAAACAAGAUCAAUUAUUUCAAUAAAGUCAAUAGUGAGUUCUCCAAAACACUAACACAAGUCCAGGAAUUUGAAAAUAUUUAUAUAAAAAUGAGGCAAAUAAUUUUGGAGAAAAUGCCAUUGAAUCAUUUGUUCACUUUAUUAAAAGGUAGCUUUUAAUAAGACUCGUGAAGCAGGAUGGCUCCAUCCAAACUCUUUAAGUUGAAAAACGAAUCGCAAAAUCCUAAUGUGAAGAAAAAUAAGUUUAUUUCUGGUGAACCAGGUGACAAUAUAUCUUAUGACUUCGCUGCAAAAUUGUUUGGAAAUUUGAACUUGUUAAGGAGAGACAAGAGAUUCUGUGAUGUUGAAAUCAAAUUGGGCAACAAAAUAUUCAGUGCACAUCGAGCUAUUCUUUCAGCUUCUAGUCCUUACUUCCAUGCAAUGUUCACUGGCGAACUAUGUGAAAAGGAUAAAAAAUGUGUAGAGUUACAUGGUUUAAAUUUCAGCACAUUUGAAACAAUUUUGGAUUUUAUGUAUUCAGGAAUUGUUACAAUAAAUAAAGAUAAUGUGGAAGAAUUAGUGAUUGCUGCCGAUAUGUUUGAAAUAGUUGAGAUUAUCACGGAAUGUACAUACUUUUUAAUUGACCAGCUACAUGAGACCAAUGCCAUUGGAAUUUAUUUAUUUGCCAGAGAUCAUAACAUCUUGGAAUUGAAAGUGCCAGCCAUUAGGUUUAUAGAAGAAUAUUUUCCAAAAGUUAUAAAGGAAGAAGAAAUUUAUGAACUUGAUAGGGAAACAUUCACAAACAUUCUAGGUUCCGAAUACCUAAAAAUUGAUUCAGAAUGUGAAAUGUUCCAAUCUGCCAUGAAAUGGAUAAAUCACGACAUUGCCAACCGCAAACAGUAUGUUUUCGAUGUCUUGAAAAAAGUCAGAUUACCACUCAUUUCAUUUACAUUUUUGGAAAGGGCUAUAGAUGAAUGUCCGGAUACAAGUUUAAAAGUUGCUUUAAAAUCCGUACAUAGUGAUAUGUUCAAUCAAAAAGGUGCCUUGGUGCCAUUGGAUGUUAAACCAAGAAAAUGCGCAAAGAAAGAUAUUUAUGUUAUUGGUGGAUCUAAAAGAGAAUUGAAUAGCGUAUGGGACCGAGGAUUGGAGAUGGACUAUGUGUCAAUUGAAAAGUUUGAUACUUUCACAAAAAAAUGGACCAAGGUUCCUGACAUGCGUGUCAAUCGCUUAGUUCCAGGUGUAGCUUCCCUUAACGGUCAUAUUUACGUUGUGGGAGGUGAAGAAGGUUCAAAUAUCCUCUGCAGUUGUGAAAGAUAUGAUCCAGUUACCAAAAUCUGGACGCAGGUAAAAAACAUGGUUAUACCCAGAUGUGAAUUUGGUUUAUGCGCUCUAGAUGGUAACCUAUAUGCUAUGGGCGGAUGGGUUGAAACUGAUAUUAGUGGUUCCAUAGAAAGAUAUGAUCCUAGAGAAGACAGCUGGGAGGUGGUAGGAAAUUUACCACAGCCUCGGUUUAGUAUGGGAUUGGUUUCUUAUGAAGGUAUGAUUUACAUGGUGGGUGGUUGCUCUUUAAAUCAAAGAAAUAUGCAAGAUUUGAUGAGUUACAAUCCAGUUACCAAAGAAUGGAUAAAACUUCCUUCAAUGUCUGUAGCAAGGUUUCAAAUGGGAGUGGCCGUUUUGGAUGAUUAUUUGUAUGUUGUGGGAGGCACAAAUAGACAGCAAGUUUUGAGUUCUGUCGAGAGAUACUCAUUUAAAAAGACCAAAUGGGAGACAGUCCCUAACAUGAAACUUGAAAGAAGUGGGCCAGCUGUUUCUGCAAUGGAUGGAUUUCUUUAUGUCAUUGGCGGAGCACAAAUUCACGCAACUCCAUUCUACAGAGCCCAAUGCACCAUAUCCGCUGUGGAAUGUUUUGAUCCUUAUACAAAUACUUGGUCGGAUUGUCCUCCUCUGUCAGAAACUAGGGCAGAAGCAGGAGCUGUAGUUAUAUGAUACCCAAAUCACACUUGUACAAUAGAUCUUGUUUCUGAACCAGUGCUAACAGAAGGUAUAUCCGUGUUCUCUUGCCAUGUAUACCAUUAAUAUUUGUUUGUCAGCCCUCAUGUUAAUUUAUGGUGAAAGGUGAAACGUCGCCUUGAUUUUCUGGAAUAAGGUCUAAGGAUCAAUUAAGAGAUGGCGAUAUCAAAUAUUCCGCAAACUUCGAUUAACAAUAAACUAAAAGUUAAUGUAAUUUGAGUAAGUGCAGGUCUCACCAUGGUACCCUACAGAAAUCAUUGACAUCUAUGAAAAUUAUAAAAUUUCCAAGUUGCCAAAAAAAAAUCCGUAAUUCACCUGACCUACACAUGUUCUUCCUCGUUUUCGCGUAUAUAUGUUCUCUUAGUGAGCAUUCACACCAAAGUAGCAUGCGACUUGCUGCUAGGAAGAAGCAUAUCCUACUUAUUUUAGAAAUAUAUGGCAGGUUUCGCACACAGCAUGGUACUUGGGUGUGAAAGCUUACUCACACGCUGUAAUUACAAGUACUUUUGACAGGACAGGUCCCUAAAUACAUUUCAAGUUAGCAGGAUGUUUGAUAACGCAGGGCUUUAUGUCGUCACCGUAUUAUCUUGCCGCUUAAGAUAUACAGUGUGCGCCAUAAAGUUGGGUACAUAUGGGAAAAUUCUUAAUUAUUCCUUUUUUGAAAAAAACUUUUUUUUGAGAUCGUUAGGGCAUGUUCGAUAACCAAAAAAUCAAUUAUGACACAUGUCAUGUUAUUUUUCUGAUGACCAGAAAAUGUGCAAAAAGGGACAUGGGUACAGUUAUAGCGACAGGACCAGACGGUAUUUUCUAAUUUAUGACCUUCAAGUAUGUAUUUCGCAAAACAAUCGAUUCGUUUGAUAUCAAACUUAUGUAGUUUAGUUGAAUAAAGCUAUUUUUGAAAUAAAAUUAAUGUUUUCGAUUUUCCAUUUAAUGGUAGUUUUAUUUUUUUUCUCUGAUUUGCUUCAAAAUCGGCAAGUGGAGUUCUUUUUCGAUUCUGAAUAACUUUUUCCUAUAAAAUUUUUUGAUAUCUUGCCAAAUUUACCAGUUUUUCGACAUCAAUAUCAACUUUUUUCAAAAUUCCCGCUAAACCGAUAAUCACAUGACAUGUGUCAUAAUCGAUUUUUUGGUUAUCGAACAUGCCUUAACGAUCCCCAAAAAAAAAUUUUUGAAAAAAGGAUUAAUUAAGAAUUUUCCCAUAUGUACCCAACUUUAUGGCGCACACUGUAUAGCUAAAGGUCUCAUCAAAAACGUUCGUGUUUGCCUUAAAAAGCGUCCAAACUACCCUUUGUGUUCGAAGGAUAGAGCAUACAUUUUAAUUUGAUUAUGUUAUUUUAUUUGGUUAUAUUUUUUUCUAUAAACUUUAUUAUUUUUUUAAAAUUUACCUCUAAUGAGCAACAUUCAAACUAAUUGUGUUCCUUAUUUUUUAUAAUAAAUGUUGGGUGUGUACCUGGUAUAUAGAAUCCCAUUGUAUAUAGAAUUGUUCUAUCUAAACUAUGCAAAUAAAGGGGUUAUUACUGUUGAUAAUUAUUUAAAAAAAAGUUAAUUUGUAUUAUACUUCUCAUGUUUUACUUAUUUAUUGCUGCUUAGACUUAGGCAUAAAAUAUAUUACAAUAUAAUGUAGAACUAACCCAUAAAGGGCUUUUGCACAUCUAGGCGGUAAUGGAAAAUAAUUGUAUAAUGCCCUUACAUAAUAUAUGUACAUCUAAAGUUGUAGAAAAAAAAUAUCGAUUUUUUUCCACUAAUAUUUGAAAAUAAAUAUAGGUAACGGUUAACAAUAAUUGCUGAAUGCAUCUUUUAUCCCCUUGUCCAAGACGAAAUAUACUUUUUAUCACAAUUCUCUUGAUACCUUCUUACAAUAUUUGAUACUGUAGAACGACUUCUCCUGUGACGUCUUGCCAAAAAUUCUUGUCUAUAUCCUUCUUUAUAUAGAGAAGCUAAAAUGCACAAUUGUUCUUGUAAAUAGCAGUAUUCAAUUUUAAAGAAUAGUGCCCUGCAUAAAAUAUAUACAUAAUAAUAUGCGAUUCUUUUUUCAAAAGAAAUUCAGAAAAUUUUGAAACGUUCGAUGAUUUUAUCCAUGACUGUUUCAUGCCUUCAUCUAUAGGACAGGGAUUGCAACUUAUUCAUUAAUUUACAGUGUGUUGAAUUUUAGUGACAUGCAGACGUUUAAUUGAAAUUGUUGAAAUUUUUUCUUGCCUCGACUAGGAUUUGAACCCAGGACUCUCGCAUAUCCAGUGCAGAGCUCUUUGAACUGAGCUACCAAGACCCGUCUCAUUUUUACCUUGUCGGUCAAGUUUUUCAUCAAUUUUAAAUUUUUAGUUGUGAAGACCAACAGCAACUUUCUGCGGUUACCGUUGGUAUCGGAGUGAGUAACAAAGUAUAAGGGCAUCCAUUAUCCCUUCAACCACGUAUGCGUCGUCGGCUUAUAGCGACAUCAGCAGGCAUCGGGAUGGGAUGCCCAAUCAUCAAUUAAACGUCUGUAUCCAACACACUGUAAAUUAUAUCACAGAUGAAAAAACUUUCAAAAAUUAUUCAUUAAUUGUGAGCAAAUAAUUGAUAUUCUUGCAAAAACAAGCUUAAAUCAAUCCUACCAUUACAAUAAAAAUUCACCUUUGGUAGUUUUAAUCGAUAUGGUUUAUUUAAAUUAUGAAUUGAUACAUUUUUUUUUAUUGUUGUUUUAAAAUUGUUAACUAUAAUAAUAGAAACUUAACAUUCUAAAUAAUAGGUACAGGUAUAGUAUUUUUAAUCUGACUUGAAACACUAAAAAAACAUCUAGUCGGCAUAAAUCAAACAAAUAAAUGACAUGGGCGUCACAUAAUUUUUAUUUCAUCAAUCAACAGAAUAACAACGGCUUGGCUAUCACAAAUUUCAAUAAUAAACUGUGCAAUUGUUUUGAACCGUACUUUUUUCGAACCAAUACAAACCUAAUAUCUAACAACACAACUAUUAUUAUUAUUUUGGGCUACUCUAGCGAUAUUUCGUCGCUGCUUGUAUUUUGUACAGGGAAACUUACAAUAGAUUUUCUAUGAAAUUAAUAGAAGAGCGACGUGAUGGACAUUUCAAUCCUCGUUUAAUGCAGUGUUUCAAGUCAUAAAAAUAAUAUACUUGGUCAUUUUUUAUAUUCUACCCACUAUUAAAUAGUAGGUUCGUUAUUGUAUGUUACAACCAGAAACAAGUAUACUAUAAUGUCCUAGUAAUUUACCCAAGCCUAUCAGAAUUGAUUUUAGAACACUGGCUGCUACCAGCUACAUUAUCAUGUUAUCAUAUUAUUAGGUUGGUUCCCCAGUUUCAAUUUCUUGUUGUCAAAUAUGAUUUUCAAAAAAAUUAACUUGAUUUUUGUCAGUUACAAUUUAGAGCUCACCUAACAAGGUCAGUUUUUUGGAAAUCGUCUUGAAAAGAGACUGGGACUAGCUUUUGAUGUUUGAAACAUGCUAAAUUAUUUCACAACUCAAAAAAUAAAUCCUCUAGAUGAGGGACAAAGAAUAAAAUAUAGAAAAUUACUUUGUACAUAACCAUAACUUACCUACUGAUAGUAUGAAGGCCAUUUAUAAGUAGUCUUAUUUCUUUUUUUGACAUUUUUUACUGCUGUCUUAUAUAUUUUUAAAUAAUAUAAUGAUUUUGUAUCUAGCCCAGUUGACUAAAACUUUUUUUAUGAACACAUAGUGUGUCAAAUCAAAGAAAGUUGUUGGAAAAUAUCUUUGGAGAGCACAAGUGUUUAAUCAAAGCUCCAACAGACCGCCACUACUAAUUUGAGUUUGUAUUGCUCUCACAACGUCAAAUUUAUGCAAUACUGGUGGUUUCGCUUUAAAUAAUGGAGAAAUCUGAUUUCUCGAUCGGUGGGUACUGGCGCUAAUUGCUGACCGGUUUCGAGCUGUUUAGCUCUUGUUAGUGCAAUAGUACAACAUAAGCAAAAGCACGUCAACUCAGAGAAACAGGUUUAAAGGAAAUUCACACAAUAACGAAGAUAUAAACCUUGUGUUUUUCCAAAGAUAUUUUUUAGCAACAAUUUUUUUAUUGGCUUUAAAUUGACCAGACGUUUUUUUUUUAGUGUAGGAGGCCAUGCUUGCUACAACGCUAUUUCUAUAGCUUGUGGUCAAUUUAUAACUAAUAACCCUAUUGCUAUUAAGUUUGUAGGUAUUUAAUUAUUAUGUAGUCGCUACAAUUACCAAAAAUUAUAAUGCUUUAAACUUAGAGGUUGUUUUAUUAUCCUUCAUUGUUUUCUCCUUAGCUGAAAUCAGAGAUUAACAAAAACCAUUUUUCGCAAUUAGAAACUUAUUUUUAUUUUAAUAUAUUUAGGUUAAAACAUAUAAGUAUCAUAUUUUAUUGUAUUAGAUAUUUUUCUAAAUUAAUAAAUGAAGAAGGAUCUUCUUUCAUUUAUUAAUUUAGGAAAAUAAUACAAUGGAAAAAUGAUGAUUCAACCUGAAUAGACCUAAUAAUUUGUUGAUCGCAAACACUUGUAUAUGUGUCUAGGUAACUACAUAUUAUGGAAAAAAUCUGUGUCAGAAAAUUGAUAUGACUUCAAAAUUUUGAAGAAAGUGUGUGUUUUUAGUUAAUUAUGAUUAAUUUCAAAAGUUAGUGACUGCAAACCUGGUGGGAAUGAUGAGGAUCAAAGCCUCUCAAAUAAGCUAUGGCUAACCCUUUGGGCAGGGGUAUUUUAACUCAAGAAUUUAAAUUCCUACUUUUAUCCUAAAGAUUUUAUCUUAUAGUGUAAAUAACAAGCUGUAUGAGCGAAUUGACACAUCAACUUCUCAUACAAUUUCAAUGCUUCAAUUUUUGAUCCGAUUUGGCUCUAAAAUUUUAAAUAUGCAACAAUAUUUUUUUUUUUUUUUUAGCAUAAGUUAUGAAUUUAGUGUUAAAUCUCAUUGCGCAUACAGGUGUUCAGUCACCUAGGUAAAACUUCUACAUUAUUAUUGGACUGUUUCUAUAUUAGACUACAAGAGUAUCAAUUCAUGUUAUGUACCCAAUCAAACAGUAUUUAAAUAAAGUUAUUGUAGGACCGGUGCCUUCUCUAACCCAAACAUUUACUAAUCCCGGGAUAUGUAGGUUUCUGUUCAGGGUAAACUUGGUAUCCCCAAGUUCAAGAGGGUUGAGAGGACAAAAAAUGAGUUUACUAUCAAAUUUUAGAGACAAAACAAAAAUAUAUUUUUUUUUUGUGGCUAGCUGUGGGUAACAUUACAAUAGUUGGACAUUACUCAUAGGUAUUUUAUUAUGACCAUUUAGGGCCAUAUUCUCCAUAGUUCAUAAAGCCUGGCUUAGUGGAAACGCUUGGCUUUUUGUGUGACAAAGCCGAGUUUUUUUCACUAAGCCAGGCUUUAUGAACUACGGAGAAUAUGGCCCUGAGAAUAUUAUUUGGUAAGAACCUACUUAUUUUCCAUAUCAACCUCAUAGUCACUUCCCCUUAAUCCUAGAUUUCCUUAAAAAAAAAAACAGUCUUCCUAGCAUUAAGUUUGUAGUUGACGCAAGUAGGUAAGUUUAUUUGAAAUUUCUGAAAAAACACUGAAUUAAACAAAUUCUUUAAAAUAAAAUUCAAAUAUAUUUCAAAAGGUUAAACUAACAAAUUUUACUUGGGGGGCAAACCCAUUUUCUGUCUAAUCAAAAACUCUGGAUAUCGUUUUCCUUUCCAGUAUCUUGGAAUUACGAUUUCAUGUAGUUUAUCUAAUUUCUGUUUCACGUAGUCAUCAGCAGAGAAGGAUUCGGCUUCUUUGCACUGCUGAAUAAGGACUGCUUGAAAAGCUUUCUCUUUUCUUAGUUCCCUUUUU